AUGGCGAACCCUACUCUUAGUCCCAAGGACGAGGGCGUCGUCUCGCCUGUUGGUAUGGUCAUCGAAGAGCCGACUUUUCCAAACAUUCCAGGCCAAGAGCCCACCACGCCCGCGCCCACCGAAAACACAUCGACCGCAGACAUGGCUCAGAAAGACGGCGCAUCGUCGCCAGACCGGCCGAGUAAUGCGUCCGGAGAAGCUACCGAUUCGGCUUCCAGCACAUUCGCGACGACAUCGCGUCCCGCCCAGCAGAGAUGGGCGACUGAGCGCCCGAAGCCCUCUGUGAGGCACUCGUUACUAGGAAGGAUGCAGCAGCCCCGCGAAGCAAGACCAGCAGCACCCGAGAGAACGGCGACUAUCACUUUCGAUCCCGACUCCGACUCUUCAGACUCUUCAGACGAUGAGAAAGAAUACCCCCGCAAGAGCCUUGGCCAUGCCGACGACCUCACCAAGCAAGCGACACGCAAACCACGCGAAAGCCGGUCAGGGCCCUUUUCCCGUCUGAAGAUUUCCAACGAACACUUCAAUACAAAGGGCAGGGUUUCGAAAGCAGACGGACGUCUCAAGCUUAGCAUACUGGAGGAGAAUCUUGGUAGUGGCUAUAUCGCAAAAGCUCUAGGCACAGCUUUCAAGAAGCAUGGCAAUGAUGAGGACCAGGGGCCUACGACUUACGACGACGUGGGAGCCACCAAGAUCAAGCCCGAAGAUGACGAGAUGGAACACGACCCCUCGAGAAGAAUCAAGCUCAAUAUCGUUAUCAUUAUCAUUGGAUCGCGUGGAGACAUUCAGCCCUUUAUUCGCAUAGGCAAGAUCCUGAAGGAAGACUAUGGCCACCGCGUUCGCCUGGCUACUCACCCAGCAUUCAAGGAUUUCGUGGAGAAGGAUUCAGGCUUGGAAUUCUUCUCCGUUGGCGGUAAUCCAGCCGAGCUGAUGGCGUUUAUGGUCAAAAACCCUGGCCUCAUUCCGAACAUCGACACAAUCAAGGAGGGUGAGAUAGGUCGACGAAGGUCACAAAUGUACGAGAUGUUCCAGGGCAUGUGGCGUGCUUGCAUCAAUGCAACCGACGACGAGACCGACAAGACGAACGUGAAGAUGAUGGGUGAUAAGGCACCAUUCGUUGCAGAUGCAAUCAUCUCGAAUCCCCCAAGUUUUGCCCCAACACAUAUCGCCGAGAAGCUUGGUAUCCCGCUACAUAUGAUGUUCACGUUCCCUUACACACCUACAAGCCAGUUCCCGCACCCACUUGCAAAUAUCAAGGCGAGUAAUGUCGAAGCGACCUACAGCAAUUUCAUGUCAUACCCGCUCGUCGAGAUGAUGAUGUGGCAAGGGCUUGGUGAUCUUAUCAAUCGGUUCCGUACCCAGAUCUUACAUCUGGAGGAGGUCAGCAGAAUAUGGGCGCCAGGUCAACUCUAUCGGCUCAAGGUACCUUAUACAUAUAUGUGGUCACCUGGACUCAUCCCGAAGCCAAAGGAUUGGGGUCCAGAGAUCGACAUCUCCGGUUUUGUCUUCCUCGACUUAGCUUCGUCAUUCACGCCGCCUGAUGAUUUGAAGAAGUUUUUGGAAGACGGACCUCCCCCAGUCUACAUUGGCUUUGGUUCCAUUGUUGUAGACGAUCCAGAUCAGUUCACGAACCUCAUUUUCGAAGCUGUUAAAUCUGUCGGCUGUCGCGCGCUUGUUUCAAAAGGUUGGGGCGGGUUUGGCUCCAACGCUGAUUGUCCGGACAACGUCUUCAUGCUAGAGAACACACCCCACGACUGGCUGUUCCCGAAAUGUGCCGCUGUGGUGCACCAUGGAGGCGCCGGCACAACCGCUAUCGGUCUCAAAUGCGCAAUACCAACAAUGAUCGUGCCAUUCUUUGGCGACCAGCCGUUCUGGGGUGCCAUGGUCAGUAAGGCAAAGGCUGGAGCCCAUGAUUGCAUUCCUUACAAGAAGCUUAGCGCCGAACGACUAGCGGAGGGCAUCAAGCAAUGUCUCACUGACGAAGCUAAAGAGAACGUCAAGAAGAUUGCUGACAGCAUUGCGAAAGAAGGAGAUGGUGCUCUCAAUGCGGUACGCUCGUUCCACAGAUCGUUACCCCUCCAUGGAGAAGGCAGCAUGCGUUGCGAUUUCCUCGAUAACCGUGCUGCCGUGUGGAAAAUCAAGAACACAGACAUCAAGCUCUCCGCACUCGCCGCUGAGAUUCUUGUGGAAAAGAAGAAGCUCAAGUGGAGCGAAUUGCGGCUCAUUCGGCACUACGAAUGGAAUGACUUUGGUGGACCGGGAGAGCCCAUCACUGGUGUCUGGGGUAGUCUGAUGACGUCGUUUUCCGAUGCGGCAGCUGGCGUAGGAGGCAUGCCUGUGGAGAUGGGCAGGAGCAUCAGGAAGCGAGAGAAGCUGAAAGAGAAGAAGCGUAAGCAUCAACAGCGUCACGAGCAGAAAAAGGCCACACUGGCGAAAGCAAAUGCAGAUAUGCCAGAUGGAGCCGAGAGUACGGCGCAGAAGCAGGACGGACAAGAUACAAGUCGACCACAAGCAAAUCGUAAUGAAUCAACGCUUUCGAAAAUCACGGAGCCAGACGAGGAGUUGGCUGAAGAGCUCGGCCGCGAGGCUGCGUUUGGCUUCAGGAAAACAGGACACGCUAUCGCCCGGUUCCCUAUGGACUUGACACUUGCCAUUACUCAGGGUUUCCACAAUGCUCCGCGCCUAUAUGGAGACGAAACGGUGCGCCGCCCACCUCGAGUCACUGGAUUCCAUUCUGGUACACGUGCCGGCCGCGAUGAGCUUGUUUAUGGCGUCAUGGAUGGUGUUUCGGGUCUUGUUACCCAGCCUUACAACGGCGCGAAGAAGAAUGGGGUCAUGGGCGCAGUGCGAGGUGUGGGCUUUGGCAUUGGCGGCUUCGUACUGAAGGACAUAGCCGCUCUUCUUGGCCCUUUGGCAUACACGAUGAAGGGUGUUGACGCGGAAUACAUGAAGCGGUACCAGCCUACGAAUUAUUUACGCCGUGCGCGUAUCGCCGAGGGACAAAAAGAGCUGUCUAUGUUGGAGUCCAAAGCUCAGGUCUCGGCCAUUCAAGAAGCUCAACAGGGAGCGAAACGGACCUCUGAGAAGAAGGAAUCCGUGGAAGAAAACGUGACUAUCCGGUGGAAGGCCUUGCAGAAGACAAUUGCAGAAGAAAAGAAGCAGCACAAGAACGGCAUCAUUGGUUCCCUCACAGGUCGAGGGGACCACAAGGAAGGCCAACGUGUUGGGCGUAAGAGCACGGAAGUUGCUAAGAAAGACGGGAGGCGGUCACACUCAAAAGGAAGACCAAACACUCAUACACCUAACGACAAGCCAGGCAGAGCCUGCCCAGAAGACCAGACCAGAGUUAUAGAUCCCGGAAAAGCGCGAAGGAGCGUAGAUGGUAAUGCAAGAGGUGGAGGCAUGCAUAGAAUGAGCACUGCUCCUACCACCUCGCUGGAGCAUGGUGAGCACGUCGAAAGGGAGGAACUUCAACUUCCACCUAGGCACCAGGCAACUGGUGACGCCGUGCUAAAGGAGGAUGACACACACUCGCUUGGCGCUGCACAUCUAGGUGAUGAUGUAAAGAACAAGUCAGAUCCUGAGCUUGCUAGCCCUAUCAAUGAGGCUAGCAACUUGGUGCCUGCAGAUACAAAGAGUGGAUUGGAUGCUCCGGAUCGACCUUCUGUAGACGGCUCCGAGGAAACCAGGGUCGAGAGCGAUCCUACAGACUGGGCUGCUGUGAGGCAGAAGACUGAGGGGUUGAACCUGUCUGAGAGGCCGCCUAGAGUGGUUGGUGUAUAA